AUGACUGUCUUGAGCACACUUGGAGUGGAUGAUGGCUACAUGCAGUAUGCCCUUCUCGCUGCCAUUGCAGGAGUCCUCUUUGUUAAUCUCAAAGCACUUCCGUUUGUGUGGCAUUUACGAGUGAUCAAGGGUCUCUCUACUCAAUUUUUCGGAUCCCGACUUUAUCCCCGUCAACUUACUUCUAAUGGAGUGCUCGUCGACGAUGUAUCUGGGGGAAUACCUCUCAUCUUUUCCUACAUGGUGACAUCGCACCAAAACGCUCUCAUGGAAUGCGACUACAAUAUGCACAAGUCGAACAGUACCUUCUUCUCCGACAUGGACAUCAACCGCGCGCAACUUCUCCUGAGCCUGUUCCCUCGUCUGCCACGCUGGGCACCUGAAGUUGAGACGGAUAAACUCAACACCAAAAAGGCUGAAAGAGUCGUUAGCGUUGCGCUAGGUGGAACGUCUUGUGUAUUCAAGCGUGAGAUUAAACCUUUGCAGAAAUAUGAGAUCUGGUCCCGGGUAUUAUCAUGGGACUCCAAGUGGCUCGUGCUAGUUACCUACUUUGUCAAGGCUGGAACACAUAAGAGGGUGAUGAAAGGCUUGCGAAAGGGGGAGGAAACGAAGGACGGAUCUGAAGCUCAGAAAGCAAUUCUUGCUGUCGGUGUGAGCCGGUAUGUGUUCAAGGAUGGGCGGCGGACGGCACCUCCGGAGGAGGUUUUGAAGCACAUGGGCCUGUAUCCUUCUACUACUGCAGAGGGUGACGAGCAUGAUAUAUACUCCACCUUGAGACAACCGGGGUCAGAUGCGGUUGGGUUCUUUGGUUCUUUAGAUUCGCUGCCCUCGCAUUUCGGCGAUGCCAGUUCAUCAAUCCUGGGACACUACAGUGAUCUUUAG